GGUUGUUUGGGUGAAAAAAGCCCCGUAGGUCUGAGGUAAGAAGGAUCGAGUCACAGUGCUUGCAACUCACAUAUAGUGCGCGCGAGGGGUCGAACCCGACCGACAACAACAACAACAACAACAACAGUACAACAGUACUAUCGCCAAUUCUCGAGCACUCACUGUACGCUGAUUCUGUCCGCGAUACAAGGAACAACUUCGCACUAUUCUAAUACUUCCAAGACGUCCAAGGUUGCAACAUGGCUGAAGCAGUGAAAGACGCUGUGAAGGAGGUCACCGACAACGUUAAGAACCUUGCCGUGUCUGGUGAGGCCAAGCCAAAGAAGGAGAAGAAGGCCAAAAAGGGUGCAGAGACCGGGGAUGGCCGACCGCUCGAACUCAGCCCACCCGCUGCGUUCAUCGACCACCGGGUCAAGAUCUUCGAACAAUUGAAGGCCAAAUACGACGAGGAAAUCGCCCAGAAGCCGCGCGAGAAGAUCGAAAUCACUCUCGGAGACGGAAAGGUCCAUGUCGGAGAAUCAUGGGUCACCAGCCCGGCAGACAUUGCGCGCGGUAUCAGCAAGAGCUUGUUCGAGCGCACAGUCAUCGCUCGGCUGGACCACGGCACACCAGACGAGACGCUGUGGGAUUUGGAGAGACCCUUGGAGAAGAGCUGCAAGCUGGAACUCCUAGAUUUCGACCAUGAGGAGGGCAAGAGGGUCUUCUGGCACUCGAGCGCUCAUAUUCUCGGCGAGGCCUCGGAGCGAAGAUUUGGCUGUGACCUCUGCAUUGGCCCGCCAAUUGAGGACGGCUUCUACUACGAGAUGGCGCUGCCAGAAAAAGCUGCCGUCGAAAGCUCAGACUACAAACCCCUCGAGACCAUCGUCAGCAGCAUUGUCAAGGAAAAGCAAGUCUUCCAACGAUUGAGCCUUUCCAAGGAGGACCUUCUUGAGAUGUUCAAGUCAAACCCUUAUAAGCAGCACAUUAUCAAGGACAAGAUCCCUGACGGCACGUUCACCACAGUCUACCGCAAUGGACCGCUCAUCGAUCUCUGCCGAGGACCCCACGUACCGCACACGGGUCGCAUCAAGCAGUUCAAGAUCAUGAAGAACUCUGCUUCGUACUUCCUCGGAGAUGCCAACAACGACAGCUUGCAGCGCAUCUAUGGUGUUUCGUUCCCAGACAAGGAUCGCAUGCAGGAGCAUCUCAAGUACCUCGAGGAGGCUGCUAAGCGUGACCAUCGCAAGAUCGGCAAGGAACAGGAACUUUUUUUCUUCCACGAGUACAGCCCGGGCUCUUGCUUCUUCUUGCCGCACGGAAUGAUCAUCUACAACACGCUCAACGCUUAUCUGAGGGAACAGUACUGGAAGCGCGGCUACCAGGAGGUUGGAUCACCAAAUAUGUACAACUCGGCGCUGUGGAAGACCUCCGGUCACUGGCAGCACUACUCAGAAGACAUGUUCACAUUCGAGGUCGAAAAGGAGAAGUGGGCGCUUAAGCCCAUGAACUGCCCCGGUCACUGCCUCAUCUUCGGGCACCGCGAGCGAAGCUACCGCGAGCUUCCCAUUCGGAUGGCAGACUUCGGUAUCCUCCACCGAAACGAGGCCUCCGGUGCGCUCUCCGGCCUGACCCGGGUGCGCCGAUUCCAGCAGGAUGACACCCACAUCUUCUGCACAGAGGACCAGAUCACCGAGGAAAUCACCCAGCUCUUCGACUUUCUGCGCGAAGUAUACGGCAAGUUCGGCUUCACCUUCAAGCUCAAGCUGAGCACGCGGCCCGAGGGCUUCCUGGGCGAGAUUUCGACCUGGGACAAGGCUGAGGCCAAGCUCACCGAGGCCUUGAACCAGUUCACCGCGGAGGGAGGCGGCGCCUGGGAACUUAACCCCGGCGACGGCGCCUUCUACGGCCCCAAGAUCGACAUCACCAUCCAGGAUGCGCUGCGCCGCGACUUCCAGUGCGCCACCAUCCAGCUCGACUUCCAGCUGCCCCAGCGCUUCGAGCUCGAGUACAUGACGUCUGAGGCGCGCCCGAAGACGGACAAGGAGGCGGCGGAAAAGCCGAAGGAGGAGAAGGAGAAGCAUGAUCGGCCCAAGGAGCUCGCCGAGGCCGAGAACGAGGUCAUCAAGAAAACACCCGCGCCCCCGCCGGGUUACGCCCGCCCCGUGAUGAUCCAUCGCGCCAUCUACGGCUCCUUUGAGCGCUUCAUCGGCAUCCUCACCGAGCACUUCGCCGGCCGCUGGCCCUUCUGGAUCUCCCCGCGGCAAGUCAUGAUCAUCCCCGUCAUGCCCGCGGUUAACCCCUACGUGCAGGAAGUCCAGGCGUUGCUCCGCGCGCAGGGGCUCCACGCCGACAUCGACAUCAGCGGCAACACAAUGCAGAAGAAGAUCCGCACCGCGCAGCUCGCGUUGUACAACUUCAUCAUCGUAGUUGGCGCCGAGGAGCGGGAGAACAAGGCGGCGAAUGUGCGCAAUCGCGAUGACCAGGAGAGCCAGAAGAGGGGCGAGGUCAUCCCGCUGGAUGAGGUGGUGAAGAAGCUGGUCAAGCUGAGGGAUGAGCGGAGGCUGGAGAAUAAGAUCUAGGAGGUGGGCCGUGUUUUGGAGAUGUUUCCGGGAGUGAUGGAUGCAUGGAGUAGGUGGUGUAGCAGGACUUAGGGGUGGUGAAGGCAUCAUGUAGGCGUGGUAGGAGGCAUGUGCGCGCAUCCGUGCAGUGCAGUGCAAUAGCAAAAGGAAAACAGUGCAUCCC